AUGUCUUUCAUUACGAAAAGGGAACGUGUUUUCAAGGAGUUCGACUUGUUUGAUUUACCAUCGAGGAACGAAGGUAAACUGAAGGCAUACGCAUCAUGCACGGACGCGAGAGCUUGGUCACACUUCUGUUCAGAUAAAACCGAACAUUUAGUUGAAAUAAUAAAGAGGAACAAUGAAAGAUGCAGACCAAAAUACGUGCCAACUGAUGUUAUUGUCGACACGCUUAUGGUCGCUAAAAACACUGAAAUUGCACGACUCAAACGAAAAAUCGAAGAAUUCGAACAAAUGCUAGCAGCUUACGACCAACUGGAACUGUCUUGUGAACAAAAAUGCGAAAUAGCUAAUGCUCACGCCACCAUAAAAGCAGCCAAUAAGGAACUGGAGGAUAUGUUUUUGGAUUUGAACCUCUCUGGCUUCACAGAGAUCGAUUCCGAAGCAUUUGAGACUGGGAAAUCAAGAGGCGAUGAGUGGACAUAUGACAAAGAAAAUCGUCCAAGAUUGGAAACUAAAGGCAAUCAAGCUGGCUUCUCUUGCCCUUGUGACGCUAGUACAUCCGCCACUGAUCCGAGGAUUGAAGAAAUGAAAGAAACUAUCAUAACGAAAGAUGCUAAAUUGAGCGCAAUGCAAAACACGAUUGCUGUCAUGGAAAACGAUGUUUGUGAGCCGUAUUGUAUUUAUGCACAUAUCUACACGGCCUUAGAGAAAAUAUUUGGAAUACUCUGUCAAAAUGAUAAAUACAAACAGUACUUGGAUUUAUUGACCACUGGAAAAGAUAUUCGAAAUAUUGACUUGAAAGGGAAAAUUUUGUUUAAACUGAAAGUACUUGAAAAAUUUAGUCUUGCGCUAAUUGCACCGUGCUCUCAGAAUCAUAAUAAUACAGCCCCAGAUGAUUGUCCUUGUUACAAAACACAAAUCGUUGCACGUCUUGAAACUACCUACGCACUUUCAUCAGAAACUAAGCAACCGAACCUUGAUAAUAAAAGAGCGCUACUUAUCGCCGAUAUAAUGGAUAAUGAGGAAAUGAAAGAAAUAUUGAGCAGAGAGAGUGCAAACCUUGACGAUGAAGAUGUAUUGCAAAGUGAUAACUUAGACGAGGAUACCUGUAGCAUUGAUGGUGAGAAUUUGAAGCGCCUGAAGAAUCUACAAGAGAAUUAUAACGAUUUGAUGGUGUGCUACGAAAAUUUGAAGCACGAGAGGAACUGCUUGCAACUAAAAUGUCAUAAAUAUGAUGAACUGGAAUGUGAACUUCAAGCUUUACGUACAAGAAUUAGAGAAUACAAUGCAUUGUGGUCCGAGAAAGAAUAUUUUAGAAAAAGAUCGGUAGAUCUUGAUGAUUUAAAGGAACAUUACUUAGUUCUAUCUAACGAAACAUCAAAUUUAGAAACUAAGCUUAAGAGCGAAAUUGAAAUUAAUAAAAUUAAAACGGAAGCAAUGGAAGGAUUAAGAAAAGACAAUAUUGUACUUGAGAAAAAAAUAAAUGAAAUUGAAAUAUCGUUUGAAAAAGAACGAAACACAUUAGAAUGUAAACUAAAAGAAACAGAAUGUAAAGUUAUGUGCCAAGAGCAACAAAUCAAAAGCUUAAAUGUCCAAAUCGACAAAUUGAUCGAACAAGAGGAUUAUUCUAACAGCGUUAAUUCUGAUAAAAAUGCGUUAUCAUUACUGAAUCAAAUUGAAUCGUUAAAAGAGGAAGUAUUUAACCUUAAAGAUGCACUCUGCUAUGGCGAAGAAGAAAGACAGACUGCUUUGAGAGAUUUUCAAGAUAAUCUCAAAAUAAUUAAUGAUUUGAAACUUGAGAUUGAGGAUUGGAAAAAUAAAUGUGAAAAGAUAAUGCAGCAAAAUGACGAAUUAGAAAGGUUUACGGAAAAUUACGGACUAGAAGUGCGAAAACUCACCGAAGAAAAUAAAAACUUAUUGCAAGAAAAUGAAGAAAAAUGUUUGGCAGUAGAAAAUUUAAUGAAUAUUGUCAAUACGAAAUCUAAAGAAAUAGACCAUCUGAUAUCAGAAAUCGAUCACAAAAAUAUUAUUAACAAUAAUCUCAUAACACAAGUCGAAUCACACGCCAGUACCAUAGAAAUUUUAGAAAGUGAAAAAACGAGAACUUUGACUUCACUUGAAAUUUCCAAAUGUGAAAGUCAAGAACUAUUAAAACGAACACAAGAUUACGAAAAUUUAGUACAUCAAAACAAUGAACUGUCAAAAGAGCUUAGCGAUCAAGUAGAAGAAUAUAAUAUGCUAAAAGAACAAUUUGAAAGAUUGACUAAGGAUAAUGAAAAACUACAAUAUGAGCUACACGAAAUUGAAAAACUUCAGGAAAUCAAUAAAGCUUGUACAGAUGAAAUUGCUAAAUUGAAAGAUGAAAGAGAUCACUUGAAAACGUCGUUAGUGCUAACAAAAAAAGAAAGUGAGGUUCUAGAUCAAAAAUUAAUGGAAUUCGAAAAUUUAAGGCAACAAUUCCACAACUUAAGGGAAUCCGAGCAAAAACUAUCUAUAGACAAAUAUCAAACAGAAAAUUUACUUGGAGAUGAAAAUAGCGAGCAAGAUACUGCUGGAGAAUCAAUCCAAUUAUACAGUAGAGAAAGUAGUAUUUCAAUUAAAAAACUAUACGACACAGAAAAUUUAAAAGAGGAUAUUUUAAGUUAUCAUGAAUCUUAUCAAAACUUAAAAAAUGAAAACCUCAAUUUGAAGACAAUCAUUUCGAAUCUCGAAAAAGAAAAAAUAAACCUCAUUGAUCAAAUUAGUAAUUUAAGGCAUGAAAAUGAAAAACGUCUUCAUACAGAUGGUCUUGUUUCUGAAUUGGAAGAAGAAUUGAAUAGCAUAAACAAAACAUAUGAAUUGUUGAUGAUAGAAAAAAAUAAAUCUGAAUUGUAUUUAGAAGAUAAAAACAAAGAAGUAAUUAACUUGCAAAAUCAAUUAGAAAGUCGAAUUGCCGAAAACAAACAACUCCGUCAACAAUUAAUAGAACUGGAUUCUGAACUUUUUAUUUCGAAGAACAAUUUCAAAUCGAUUGAAACAGAAAAUGACGAACUUCAGAAGGAAAAUGAGAAAUUAACUGUAUCCAUUAGAAAAUUUGAAAGUGACCUAAAUCUAUUACAAAAAGAAUAUGAGGCGGUGAAGAUGGAGAGGAAUCAAAUCGAAAAAGUAUAUGAAACGCUCCUGGUAGACUUGAAUACAGCUAAGAAAGAAAAUGAAGAGCUUGCCCAACAAAGUCAAACAUUGCUUUCUCACAAUAACGACUUGGAAAAUGCUUUAAUUAUGGAAAGAUCACUGGUAAAGUUAAAACCAGAAUUCCUAGAAAAUUCAUAUGAGGAAAUUAUUCGAGAAAUUAUAGAGUUGAAAGACCAAAAAAUUGGAACUCAAAAUAAGAUAAGGGAACUAAUGGAUAAAUUAGAGGAAUCAGAAUACAUCAUUUUAAAAUUAACUGAAGAGGUUGUAGCUCGCAAUCACAAGAUUGUAAUAUUAGAGAAUCAUAUCAAUGAGGUUGAAGACGAAGUCAGAAGAUUGCAAGUAUGCGUAAGUGAUGCUAUAAUUGCUGGAGAACAAAUUAGAGAAAACAGUAUUCAGAAAAUCGAUGAAUCUGUCAAAGCAGUACAUGCACACCAUUCCAAAGCUACUCACAACAUAAGAAUGGAACUCGAUAAAUUGAAAAAUGAGAACAUUUUACUAGAGCAAAAAUUAUCGAAUACAAAAUUAGAUUACUCAGAUUCAUUCAAUAGCAGGAAUGAAAUAUUAUCAAAUAUGAAUCGUCUUCAAAAUGAUAAUGAAAUAAUUAUUACCGAUAUUAAACAAAUAGAAUUGGAAUAUAUUGGUGACAGUGAAUUAUCACCGGAAAAGUGUGAUGCAGUAGAUGUUUUACAUUCAUUGGAAAGGAUCCGUAAUUAUAUGGAAACAAAAAAAUCUAAAAACAUCAUUUUAGAGCAAACUUUACUAAAAGUCCAAUCAUCUUCGCAGUUGCUACUCUGUAAAGCAGAUGAAGGAAAGAGAAUAGUCGAAGUUGAAAAACAAAAGAUCAUAACUGAAAAGGAGGAAGCUAUAAAGCAAAGACAAGAUUUAGAAGCAAGUCUUUUAGAUUUAAAGCAGAAGUUAGAAAAACAGAUUUCCACGGAUCAAAAUGUAAUAAAAGAUUUAGAAGCAGAAAUUUUAAACAAAGAUCUCAUUAUUAAUAACAUAAAUAAGUCUACAGAAAGCUAUAUAACAGAACUUAAAAAUGAUAUAAAUUCAUGGCAAGAACUCUAUGAAAAUGCAACACGUGAAUUAAAACAUUUACAAGAGCAAUUACAAAGCAUUUCAGAUGAAAAAAAUCAAACAAGUCAUUUUAUUGAAGUAAAUUAUUUAAAAUUAGAAGAAAAAUCCGAAGAAAUUGCUGAGCUACAAAAGACGAUUGAAAAAAUAAGAAAUCGCUCCUUCACAUGCAUUGGAACAAAUACAUCUGGUAUAAAUUUAGUUCUAGAAAUAAAACAAGAUAAAGCCCAACAAGUCGAUGGAAACGUUAACAUCAACAUCAAAGAAAAUCAUUUUAAAAAUAAUUACGGAAGUGAAAUUAAAACUAACGACAUUGAACACAAUGAUGAAACAAAAAGAAAAAUACCGGAAUCUGUUCAUUCAACUGAUAUGUUUAUUGUAUACAAAAGUAGUGAAACUGAUACUCCUAGUACGGGAAGGUCCAAAGAACCCACUUCUUGGCCACACCAGAAUCAUUCCGAAGUAGUAGAAACUUUAAAAAUCCAUCCUAAAAACCAGAACACAGCUGACUAUCGUUCUAAAAAACGUGAACCAAGCACGAAUACACAGACUGAUGAAAAUAUAGCUACCAAACGUGGUAUUAAUGUGAAGUUGCCUCGUGUUGAACUAAUAAACUCAUCGCAGUCAUUGUCCCUGAAAAGUGAAACAAGUUCUUCAGAUACAUUUCAUAUGGCAAAACCUUCGGAAACGACAUUCUUAAAUUCAGAGGCUAUCGAAAAACCUCCAAAGACAGAACUCGAACCAUUUAAUAGUCAUCAAGAAAAAGUGAAUUCUAUUUUUGAUAGUAUUUAUUCCGAAAACUAUCAAAACAAUAUAAAGAAGAGUAAUGUCAGCGGCCAAACAAUCUCAUUGGCCAAUGAUACCGAAACUCUAAAUGUGACUUCUAGACCUAAUAGCUCCGAUCUGGCAGUAAAUCCUUUAAACAAUAAUCUUCAAACAAAGUCUAAAUCGAAAAAUUCCACACAAAAUGAAUUGAGAACUAAAAUUGCAUUAAACUAUGUUCUCGAUACAAUUGAACUAGACAGAAAUCUUAAGAAUACCGAUAACGAAAAUUCAUAUUCCACACGGAAAACUCAAAGUGCUUCUAUACUAAGCUUCUCUUUAUUAGAUUUCAAUGAUGAAAGCAAUCUUUCUUCAGUUAGUUCUCGUAAUGGAAUUAAAACUAUGGCUCAUAACCUCUCUAAAAAUCAAUUUCUUAAGUUCAAAGACCAGGGAGUAUUGGUAAGACUGGAUAAUUAUGAAAAAUACGAGCAAGAAAUUGAUGCAUUAAAGAAAACAUUAAAAAACACGGAAGAGGACUUUAAAAAGAAACUUGACGCUUUAAAACUGCAAUACGAUAACAACAUAAAGAAUAUUAAAAAAGAGCACGACAAUGGAGUUAAUAAUUUACAAAAUCUACACGAAGAGACGUUGCAUGAUAUUAUUAAAAUACGCGAAAAUGAAAUUGAGAACUUAAGGACAUUAAGUAUUGAAGCAAUGAAGAAGGCAGACAAACUAGAGAAGGACAAUAGCUUGCUAAAACAUCAGGAGCAGUAUAACGGUCUAGCUUGUUUCGACGAGGAGGUUCCUUCAGAAUCCAGUAGUCAUAGAAACACACAACUUCAACGAAAAGUUCUCACGCAGACUAAUGUCGAAGCGUUUGACGUGAAGCCAAAAACACGUAUACAUGGCCCUUGCACAUGUAGCUUGGAUGUAAACAUGUCCGAUACUAUACGAAAUAUAUUUCAGCAAGUUGACAAUGACCAAAGGAAAUUGGCCGAGCGCACGUAUCUAAAAUACAUUUUGAACAAAAUUUUAAGUGACAGCGUAAAGUCGCUUGACGCUCAAGAACUAUCUUUCUUACAUUUGAAAAUAUGUCGUACGUGGAAAAUGAAAUUGAAUAAGGAGGAGGCCUUCCAAAUGAAAAUCAAUACAUUGGAAUCGGAGCUGUUAACUAAACAGAAACAUACACAGCAGCACAUUGCAGAUCUUGAUCGUAAGGUAGCACAAGAGAGGAGAGCGUUACAAGAGAUCAGGGAAGCCGUAUUCAGGAGCAACCCGAGGGACUGCACUUGUAAGAUUGGAUGCGGAAUUGUCAGAAAACGCGAGAGACGAGCGGCCGGAGACAUUGCCGCUACAUUGUUGAGCGUUAAGUCGCGACCGCGUCGAUCCAGGGCUGAGAGCAACAGGGCGGUUAUUCCAAACCUGAAUGUUGAGGAAAGCCGCAAAAACAACGUUUACGAACAUGACGAACGUCCAACGCGUCUCCGCAAAAAUGAAGAUAAACAGAAACACUACCACAAAAAAUAA